AUGGGUUCUUAUAGGAAAGCUAAGCUUGCUGUUGAUGCCUUCCGGGGCUUCGCUUCGAGGAUCGUAACCCGAGCUCCUAUUGGAGAGGCAGGCCAGGGAUUCAAGCGCCAACCUCAUACUUCGAUUUCUGGAACUAGGAACGCUAGGACUUUUGGCCUUUUCUGGUUCAUCCUUGAUUUCUUGGAGAACAAAUCUUCAAAUUGGAGGGAAACAGAGUCAUCACCUUCCCUUUCUUGGCGGGGGGAAGAGAUUCUACUAGGUAGAUCGAUUGGAGAAACUCAGUUUCAGCAGUUGAAGGCUGAGUUCAAAGGAAAGAUCCUUCCUGCUAUACACCCUCAGAGUGUUCAGUUGCAAAUGCCUCUGCUCCAGAAACCACAGAUCGUGCUCGUUGUUGUUCUUGUCGGUUCAGGUGUGUUGAUUACUGUUUACUUUGGGAGUUUGGAGACAAUUCCUUAUACAGAAUGGAAUCAUUUCGUGCUUUUGCCGAAGAGGAUUGAGAGGCAGAUUGGAGAAACUCAGUUUCAGCAGUUGAAGGCUGAGUUCAAGGGAAAGAUCCUUCCUGCUAUACACCUUGAGAGUGUUUAG